CCUUCCUCCUACAGCCCGCAGCUCUACUGUUCCUCUUCCUCGCAGGUCGCAGCAGAGCGCCAGCUCCGGACCACGCAGACCCUAGCUCCCCCAUCUCCGUGCUCAUGGUGUCCAUGAGCACGACGCCGCACCCUCUCGAUUCCACCGCGGCCCCGGGCAAGGAGGAGGCGCGCCCGAUGCGCCUGCGCCAGGUCGCCGCGCCCAUGGCCCUGCCGCUGGGGGACGACGAAGACGAGGGGCCCAGGAGGGUGCGAAAGCCCUACACCAUCACAAAGUCGCGCGAGAGCUGGACCGAACCCGAGCACGACAAGUUCCUCGAGGCGCUGCAGCUGUUCGAUCGUGAUUGGAAAAAGAUUGAAGCGUAUGUUGGCUCCAAGACAGUAAUACAGAUCAGGAGUCAUGCGCAGAAGUACUUUUUGAAGGUUCAAAAGAAUGGAACAGGUGAACAUUUGCCCCCGCCUAGGCCAAAACGUAAGGCUGCCCAUCCAUAUCCGCACAAAGCUUCAAAAAAAGCACUUCAAGUUGUCUUACCGCAACAAGCUUCUCAUAUAAUGGAGCAAGGCUGUGGUACAUCUAUGGAUACAGCUACUGUUGCGACGGACUUAAGUGCAAAUGAUGCUCUUCCUUCUUGGGAGAAUGAUCCUGUUCAACAUUUAAGUCCGAGGCAUACACAAGAUGCUACAGGUUCAGGUGCAACAAAUAAUUACUCUAGCAGCAUAGGUAGCCAAUCUGGAACUUGGCCAACUUCUGAAGCUACAGAGCAAGACAUCAUGCUUCCAGCACUGCGUGCCAUGCCAGACUUUGCUCGUGUGUACAGCUUCCUUGGAAGCAUAUUUGAUCCAGAGACAAAUGGACAUUUGCAACAGUUGAAGGAAAUGGAUCCUAUUGAUGCUGAAACGGUACGGUUGCUGAUGAAAAAUCUUUCAAUCAACCUAACUAGCCCAAAUUUUGAGGAACAUAUGAGGUUGCUUUCUUCACAUGGCUCAAGCACGGACCAAGAUAUGGGCUCUUCUCACACCAUUCAUCUUCCAUUCAUGAUAACGAGCAAAUGAGAGAAGGUCCCCUCCUGUGAGCACCCAAGGCUUUGGAGUCCCUCUGUAGCAUGGCAGCGUGCUGGAUGCUAGCCGCAUGCUGUAGUUUCGCAUGUGUACAUAGCUCUUGGUAAUGCCCUAACCGCCUUAGGCUUGGUUUUGCUCAUCAUGUAGAUGGCCGGCUAGUUUAUGCGCAUGUGAUUCUUUGCCCCUUCAGUGUUCCCUAUUUUAACUUAUAUGUGAGCCUGCCACCAAGUAUGAGCCAGGUGGUUUGUUAUGGUAUGCUUGUUGUCGUUACCUUAUUCCCUGCAAGGAAGGAUGGAUGGAUGGUAUACAAUGAUAUGUAGUUUUUGCAGCGGUAUGCAAUGGUAUGUGUAUAGGCUAACAAACUGUAGUUGUAGUGCAUAGUUGAGAGUGCAUGAUUCUACAGCAGUUCAUGUCGAGGACUCCUCCGAAUGAUAUUGUAUUGAAGAAUGAGGGCAGAUGUAACAUAAAUAAAAUUCAGUUACCCUUGCUGACA